GGGAGUGUGUGCUGAGAAGCCGGGGGAGGAGUAGUAGGCAGGCCCAGCUUCGGUGCCAGGCCAGUGACACACUAGCGGGGUAAAUCUGGCUCGUGAUGUUGCGGCCGGGCGCUCACGUGUGUGUAGACCCACCGGCUUCUCUGUGUGCCGUGUGGGCACCUGUCGUGUGAGUGGCUCCGGGCGUGGCUGCUCGUCGGACGUUCAGUUUCUGCAGAAGGCCCUUUGGCAAGACUGGCGUGACAAAGGUGGCCCUGGAAUGUCUAAAGUCUGGACCAUGAUGAUCACGGAGUGAGUGGCACCGGGCAGUUUGUUGACUGACAAAGAGGGAUGCUAGCAGUUAGGAAGGUAAGGAGGAAACUCAGGAUGGGGACCAUCUGCUCCCCCAACCCCACCGGGACAAAGACAUCAUCGGAGGUCUGCAAUGCCGACUGGAUGGCCUCGCUCCCCCCUCACCUCCACAACGUCCCCCUUUCCAAUCUGGCAAUCCCAGGCUCACAUGAUUCAUUUAGCUACUGGGUAGAUGAAAAGUCCCCAGUGGGGCCUGACCAAACCCCAGCCAUCAAACGCCUCGCCAGGAUCUCCUUGGUGAAGAAGCUAAUGAAGAAAUGGUCCGUGACUCAGAACCUGACGUUCCGAGAGCAGCUGGAAGCUGGGAUCCGCUACUUCGACCUACGUGUGUCUUCUAAACCCGGGGAUGCCGACCAGGAGAUCUACUUCAUUCACGGACUUUUUGGCAUCAAGGUCUCGGAUGGGCUGAUGGAGAUUGACUCAUUUCUUACACAGCACCCCCAAGAGAUUGUCUUCCUGGAUUUCAACCACUUCUACGCCAUGGAUGAGGCCCACCACAAACGCCUAGUUCUCCGGAUCCAGGAGGCCUUUGGAAACAAGCUGUGCUCAGCCUGCAGCGUGGAGAGCAUGACGCUGCAGGCCCUGUGGGAGAAGAAGUGCCAGGUUCUUAUUUUCUAUCACUGCCCCUUCUACAAGCAAUACCCCUUCCUGUGGCCCGGAAAGAAGAUCCCAGCGCCCUGGGCAAACACCACAAGUGUGCGCAAACUAAUCCUCUUCUUGGAGACCACUCUGAGUGAGCGGGCCCCACGGGGCUCCUUCCAUGUCUCUCAAGCGAUUCUUACCCCCCGAGUGAAGACCAUCGCCCGAGGCCUGGUUGGUGGCCUCAAGAACACUCUGGUUCAUAGGAAUCUUCCUGCCAUCCUGGACUGGGUGAAAACCCAGAAGCCCGGAGCCAUGGGUGUCAACAUCAUCACAUCGGACUUCGUGGACCUGGACUCGGUCUGUGCUGUGAGACACAACGCUAAUGGAAGGCGCCUUGUCUGUGACACCGGGGAGGCAGACACAGGAAGCAUGGGAAAGUGCAAUGGAUUUAAGGAGGAAGCUCCAAGUGGGUUGGGAGCUGUUCUGUAACUCCUUGAAAACAAGACUACCUCGGGGACAUUUAGGAUGACUUGUGGGUCAUCAAGUGAGAAAUACCCAGUGUGGGAACUUUUCCAGUUUGUGUCUUGAUUGUUCUCCUUUUUGCAGGUUGUUCUGAGCCUGCUAAUCACCACUGCAUGAGGGCUUUGAAACUCAAGGGGGGAUUUUUUUUAAUUGGUAAGAGGUACUUAUCUAUAAAGAGUCCUCUUGUGUUUUAUUUAUUUAUUUAUUUAUCCACUUAUUUAUUUAUAGAUUAAGUAUCUUCAGUGCUUCUUACCUCAAGAGCACUCACAAAGGAGCUUCCCGAACUCUUUUCACCCAGGCCCGAUGCCGCCCUGAUCUUUCUCCCUUCAAUAGGACUGUGCAUUUCAGCACUGUGAGUGACCUCUGACUCAGCUACAGAUAUUCCCAGCUCCCCCAGUCAUGCUGGGACAGUGUUCAUGCGUGGGUGUGGUCCAGACUUGAGAAGCCACUGCCAGGCCACGCACUGGGUCAGAAGAUACAAUGGGUCAUGAAGAACUCUCAGUUCUUGAGGAAGACUCUCCAGUAGAAGGUUGAAAAGGAAGGAGCUGGAAAGAAAACUGGGCAUGGAGUGUGUACAUACUGAGGCUCCUCAGGACUGUCUGAGGAUCCCUAAGGAAAUGUCAGCGUCUGGAUUCUUAAGGAGGAAAGAUAAACGUGGAAUCCUGGAUGGAUGUGUGUAUGUGUGAAGACCGUUAGGCCACCCCCCCGGGAGCUUCCCAUUUCUAUUCUUCCAUGCUCACAGCUGGAUCUUACAUGUCUCCUGCAAUGGCGGGUAUCCGGGGUGAGCUACCAAAAGCACACCCCCAAAUCUUGGUCUUCCAGCCUCUACUGUCUGUAAAAUAAUUUAAUCCCUGACCUCCAGCUUCUGCAGUUUGGGGAGGGCCACAACACAAAUGCCUUUGGGAAAAUCUGGUCUAACUUUUCCUGUUCUUGCAUUUGAGCCCCCUCUCCAAAGAGGUUCCUGGGAUUGUAUCAUCAAAUUUUGGGGGGCCUUCUCUGGAAAGGGGUAAGAAAGGAAGUGCCCUCACUUUCUCAAUUUUUCUUCAAUUCUAAUAUUAAACCCCAGUGACAAGCUCUGAAAUUCCUGGCCACCCCUCAGGGUUUUAUUUGUGGUCUCAUUGUUUCAGUCGGUCUUCUUUUUAACUCUUGGUCAAUUGCUAGGGACUAGGUCAUUUCCCCUCUUUUAACCCUUUGUUACUUGGCAAAGAGAUCAGGAGGCAAGAGGAGAAUUAUUCUGCUCUGUUUUAUUUGAGCCUCAGCUUUGUCCAGGUGCUUGGUGCUACGAGGCCAGGUGUGUUGGCAGGGUGUCUACAGAGGAUGCCAGUGACACCCAAGGGCUGCUGACUGUUCAGUGAAAUGUUUACUUGAUUUUUGUUCCUUUCGUCUUAAGAUACAUAACUGGACUUCACUUGGGUUGUAACACUGAAGUGCACCUCAGUGUUUGCAUAGUAAGAGGAAAGACAUCAAGCGUGACACAGAAGCACAGAAAAUGGUCCCAACGUCGUGUGCAUGCAGUCCUACUCUAUGUGGCAAAUGCAGGUGUUCACUCCUUCAUACUGUUUUGGGUUGCCAGCCUGGCUUGCAUUUUGAAAUUCUACACAGGAGUUCUGGGAGAUAGGAGGAUUAUUGGCAGUUCGCCCUUGAUAAACACCUUGACUUGGCAGAAUCUCUGCUCCAGGAAAAAGUUGUUCGAUAUAAUACAAAGGAUAUAUGCAUUCUGCUCUUGGACAUGAGGCCAAGCAAAAGACUCAGUGACGGACAGAGGGAGAGGAGACUUUAGUUCUAUGACUCAUUCUACAACUGCCAACAAUAAAAAUGGUUGACCCAACCGCAUCAUUCACUCUCACGAGAUCAAACGAGCCUACCAUACUUACUCAGAAUUAACUUCAAGAUCAACAAAAAAGCUACUUGAUUGAGCCAAAGAGGGCUUUAGUUUCAUAGGAUUUGGGGCCAUAGUUAUUCUGAAAUGUAGGCCAUAGUCAUCCUGAAAUGGUAACUCCAAAUGGCUUUUCAUGAACUCCCUAGACCAUUUGCCACAUUUCCAUGGCUUUGUGGCAAAGGGGACAAUCACAGGUUUCAGUUAGAUUGGAGCAAUGUUUAAAGGCUUGAACUUGGAGCCUAUUAGAGAUACCACUGUGGUUUCAUGGGCAGAAAAGAUAUCCUUAGGGUUGGAGAGAGAAGUCAAGAUGGAAUUGAUGGAAGGGAAUGAUAAAUUAUUGAGGAUUAAUUUUUAAAUUAUUGACAGACCUAAGGGUGUCAUGCCCCCCCCCAAAAUGAUAUAUAUGCUGUAUUAGACUCUCUAGUAAUUUAUUUUCCUUAACACUGAGACCAGACCGCUGAAUUCUUGAAAAUAGUUGAGCCACAGUCCAAACCCAGGAUUUUUAUAUAGACUCAAAAGCACAAGAUCUGAGCCCAGGUCAUGACCAAGGUUAAGAAUCCUGGCUCUCCUUUCAUGACCUCAUAUUCACAUCACAAAGGUUAUGUUUCUGUUCAAGAAGACAAUGAAGUGGAGCCUUCUAGAAUUAAAUGCAGUUUUAUGGUGUGUCAGGAUUUUCUGUUUCUGUUUUUCUGAAUCCUGCCAUAAGAAAGUGCUCCCCAAAGAGACAUCAUUACAACCUGGCGAGAAAGCUUAGUGCUAAGCUAAAGGUGGAGAAACAGAAGAAAUUACGACGGAAAUGAAACGAUUUCUUUUCGUGGACGCAGUAGGGCUACACAAAUUCAGGCCGUCUUACAAAAUGAAUUCAUGGCCCAGUUGAAGUUUUUGGAAUGUUCUUUAUUGGCUGACUGCAGAUUUUUAUUGUUAGGUUCUGGGAAAUGGAACAGCCUAAUGAGUGGGGCACAGCCAUGAGACUUCCCUCUCGUGGCUGAGCAAGUAAGCAACCCUGUGCUAAAUCCACCUCGGUUCCUUAGUCUGGAAUAAAGAUGUUUUCGGGUACCUUAGUGAUGUUCUGCAAACCUUGGUCAACUAGCUCCCCAAAAUGUCAGGUCCCUUAUGAUUAAAUUAAAUGCCUUAUAGUCAGGGAGCGAGGUGUGCAGUUAUGGUAAUUCUUCCUCGUGUGGCGUGUGUGAAGAAAUGCUUUUUGGGUUCAUUUCUCAAAAGUGUGGUCUAGGACGACAGCUGGUGCAACAGUGGCACCGUAGUGAUCCGUAUAGUGAGAUGAAUAGAGCUGAAUGAAAUCUGCCGACGCACUUGAGUUCCCAAGAGGGGCUUUCCUAAAUGCAUGCUAAGCAGUCAUGUUAUGCCAAAAGGAAGUGCACAGAAAUUGAUCACGUCAAAUGUCCAUAUGAACAGGAAGUUUGUUCUGUGUGGCAUAGAGCAUGGUUGUCCCUCUCAAUUCCACUAACUUUGCAGUAGUCCUCGGCCCUCGGCCUCAGACUGCUUCCUAGUGUUUGCCAUCAUGGCUUUGUCACUCAGAAAUGUUGCCUUGGGACACACAGGAGUGAAUUGAUUAGGUGAUAAGUGAUAUAGCUGGAAACUUCACCCUAACUCCAAAUGGUAAUGAACAGCUCUUUACUCUCCCAAGAGACUUACUAUCUUCUUACCUUCUGGCUUCCCCAGCUUCCUAGGAGAAAUAGUGACACGAAAGGUACUAUAUUGCUGAACUGGCCCUUAACCUGGAAGAACACAGUACAAAAUGCUAUUGGUGGUGUUGAAAUAGCACAGUCUUAAAUGCUCAGAAAAUAUUCUAAGAUAACUCUUUCUAUCCUGCAGUGGAUACCGUGUUCUGGUCUUUUCUCCAACGACACUUAUUCUUAGUACUUUUCAAACUCCUUUCUAAGCCACAUAGUUUGGAUAAAAUAUUUUUCUUCUCUUUGCUGGGAAUCCAAUCCCACAAUCUUGAGAUAACCUCAAUAGUCUAGAGGCAUUUUCCUUCUCAUUCCUUCUGAUCUGCACAGAAUACCACUCUCUCCUCUCCUCUUGGCCAUCAUUGAUCAUCUGCUGAUUACUGUUAAUAACAGAAUACCGGUGAAAUUCAUCCAAAUAGACACACACAUUCAAUGAGGCCCAAGCCCACUCCUGUCACAGUGGUUUUUAUUGCUCCUUACUGGUCCCAAAUGCGUAAUUCUGACCCCGACACACACAUGUGUGCGUGCAUGCACGCGUGCAUGCACACACACGCACACACACACACAAUCUGGUUGGGGCCCAGAACUCGGGGCCAAUACUUCAUUCAAAUCGCAGGGGCAUGCUCACAAGCUUGGAGCCCAAUGAGAAGCACAGCACUUUGAAGUCAGAUAGGCCUUCCGUUGCUUUGUAUAUUUGCAGUUUAACAUAUGUUAUUGCUUUAUAGCACUAGUAGCACUUCAGUCAUGAAUCUGUAGUAUCAACAUGAUUAAUCUUAGAACAUAUUCUAGGCACGGCGGUACCUUGCUGCUAUUAUACUUACUAGUUUGCACCCCUAUGUUAAUAAGCGUCACAUACAGACUGUGUGGGCAGUGUUUGUAUUGUGUAUAUGCCAACUGUUAUACUUAACCUCGCCGAUCAGCAAUUAGAAAAUACAGAGGUUGUCAUAGUGAAAAUAAGUCUUGGUCAAUUCAGAUAUGAUAGGUGAAUCUGAUAAAUACUCUGUUAGAUAUUCUGUUUGUCCUCUAUGCUUGUUUUAUAUUACAGUGCAUGCUGUUUGCUAAGUAACAAAAAAUAAUAAAAUCAGAAUAGUAAAUUGUACCAAUUUUAAGGUUAGAGUUAAGUUUGGCACUUAACUUAUAUGCUGCUUGGUACCCUGAAAUGUAUUUUGUGGCUUAAUUAUCUUAUUCACACACGUUUCACUUGGCUUCUUCCCUCCGAGGAAAUAAUUGUUCAAAUAUAUCUCUCCUUCUUUCUUGUAACCUGGAUUAUUCUGCUUAAUUCAACCUAAAACAUUGUAAAGCCAGAUUACCUCAUUUUAACUGUGAAAAAACAAUUUAAUAGGUAUGAUGACAUUAUGUCUUUUCUUGUAUUUUAUUUGAA